UUGUUAUAACAUUUUUUUUAUAUCGACCUUCAUUCAUUUGUAGAAAGAAUAAGGUAAAACUUAUUAUUAUGGAAUAAAAAAAUUAUAAUAGAUAGGAGAUACCCUAUAGACAACAGAAGUGACGGUUAUUUUUUGUUCAAAUUUGUUACACUGCUGAAUAAAGCAAUAAGCAACGUUUUGUUAAAUUUCAACGUCGAGGGUAUAUCUACAAAAAUAAACCUGUGAAGCCGUUUAAAAAUAUAUUUUAUUAAAUAUUUAUUGUUAAAAAAGAAUUAACAUCAAAUGGAUAUCUCAAGUGUUUAUUUCACACCUGUGCAAUCUGUUAAUUUUCUUCCUUUAUUCCACUAUCUAAAUGUAUUAGGUGAAAUAUUUUACAUGGAAAAAUUGCUAACAAGAAAAAAUAGAAAGGAACCAUUUUUGAUAAUUAAUGCUUUCUAUGAACAUAUAAAUAAUACGAAAAAUGAAGAAGCGACGAAGAGGGAACUUGUACAGAAAUUAUUAGAGGGCACUGAUUUAUAUGGAGGCAACAAAUCCGAAAUUCUUGACAUGAAAUACGUCGAUGACACUCUUGACUACAUAGUGAGUAGUGUUGUAUUCUCACAAAAUGACAAUCUUUAUGGAUAUUUAUCUAGUAUUGUGAGCACAUCAACUGACUUGAAAUUGUCUGCGUUUAAAAAAAGUGUAUUCGAACAACUCUCGUAUCAACGACACUUAAAUGAAGACGGUGAAGUUUCGUGUCUCACUGAAUUGUCAAGAGCCAAAAUUGCCGAAACAAUUAUUUGGCCUCUAUUCCCUGAACCGGUGCACGAUAUGACAAUAAUUAAUAUCCAAUAUAUUUACGCAUUAGCUGGACUUAAAUUUGCUCAGACGGCGCAAAUGAAUUUGACAAAUUCUUUUCAUGAAUACGUCACACUCGCAAUGACUGUGGAGACAUCUGCAAUUGGAAAGAAAAUUUCUGAAUCGAUUUUACAAAUUUUCGCACUUCCAGCCAUGAUUUACUAUGCCUGGAAGGAGAAAGAAAAAUUCAAUCAACGAACAAUAAAAUAUUUGAUAAAAGAUGAAGAUUUUUGGACCGACGUUUUCUUCACCUUGUUUACUGAUUUAAAUUCAGCAUUCGAAGCUGUGCAUCAAACGAAUUCACUUUAUCAGUUUCAUAUAGUCAUGUCUGAGUUUAUUAAUCGAACAGUGAUGGCGCGUGAUUUGUUACACAAAUACUGUAAUCUCAAUGAAACGGAAUCAUUAAUCGAUGAUUAUAAAACUUAUUCAGCCAGUACUCGUUGUCCCAAUGGGAUUAAGUUACCGAAUCUUGAAUUCGCUUACGAUGCCCAACUUUCUUUAAUUAGAGAAAAAUAUCGUUUAAUGGAAAUAGAUUUAAUUCGCACUGCAUUCAAUGAAUUUCCUCAUAUGAGAGAUUUGAUAAAUUCACCAUUAACAACUGUUUAUCGAAGUGAACCAAAACCAUAUGGCGCGUUUUGUAAUAUGUGUCCACCAGUGUCGCCAUCAUACAAAGCGAAUAUCAAUUUUUUUGCUCUCGAAAAUCAGGAGCAGAUUGAAUUUUUUGCCUUGGAACGAAAUGAAAAUAAUGUUACAUUAUUAUUUGAGAAAGGACAAAAAAGUAAAUUUAAUAAUUUUGUUGGAUUACCUGAAGAAAGAAGUCUGCAAAUUUCUAUGGUUAUGGAUAGAUUUAAAAAAGUUGGGGAAAAUUUUGAUGUAUUCGUGGAAAAAGUAACGGAGAAAAAAGCUGAUAAUUUUAAAAAACUAUUGUUUGCUUAUGGAUAUGAUAAAACGAGUAUGGAAAAAUUUUACGAAAUUAUUGAAGCAUUUAUUCCAUUUUAUCAUUGUAUUAAGUAUGCAAACGCUGGUGAACAAGGUUUGGCUGCAAUUUCAUGCUUUGGUGAUGUUGUUACUUUAAUACCAUUUACUGGAUUUUUUCAGAUAGGUUACAAAAUUAGUACAACAACAAUUAAUCGUUUUCUUCUUGCCACUGAAAUUAGUUUGAGAACUUAUUGUUUGAGACAAGCGAUGCUGAGGACAAUGACCGUUGGUUUAAGAAAUGCAGCAACAGACCUUGGUGAUAUAUUUUCAAAAAUAGUUUUCACCAAACAAAUGUUUAAGAGCCUUUCCAUUAGCGUUAUUCGAGCACUGGAUCCUGGAUUUGAACUUGUUGGUAGAUUGACUUUGCGGGCAAAAGCAUUGAUAGGUGGAAUUAUAAAGCAUUAUAAGGGAAUUUCGAAACGAUUGCCUUCUUUGAAGUCUGCUAAAUUCGAAACUAUUUCGCAGCACUUGACAAUGAAAUCCACAGAUAAUUUAGAGCUUUCAUUGCUAGAAAGUAAGAUAGAGGGUCGUGAUGUAUUUAGAUUCAUAUAUAGAAAAGAACCAUAUGGACCAAAGUGCGUUCGUCUAUCCAAAGGAUAUGCGGAAUUAAGACAAGUUAUUGGUUUUGAGAAGGAGACACCCGUUGUAAUAUCAAAAGUAUCAAAACGCGGGAAGGUAUUUUACAGAAAAAUUAAUUUACAAACAGAAAAAGCAUUUGGUCUUGAAAUGAAAUUAAAUAAGCAUGGUCAACUUGAAAAUGUAAGACAACCAUUGCGACAUCAUUUAUAUAUGAUUAAAACAGAAGGUUUUGGUGGUAGAGGAGCACUGAUGAUUAAAAGAGAACGAAGUAUCAUGAACGCUGCAAAUUUGGUGGCAAAUGCUAAUAUUGGAGUUAGCAAGCAAAAGGCCGAGUUGACACUCCGUCAUUAUGUACUAGAAGUUCAUAAUCCUGAAAUUACUGAAGACAUUGUAGAUUUAGGAAUAGAGGUUGAGAAUUUUGGUAAUAUUGAAGUUCAAGAUUUCAUAAAGGAGCACAUAAUAGGAACUGACGGAAAUUUUAUAGUUGAUCCAACAUUGAAUAAAUAUUUACCGGUACCAACGUAUCAUGAAUUUGCACUUGACUGGAUUAGAACUCAACAGAUUAAUCAUAUAUAUAAUGAAUUUUACGUAACUAAUCCCAAAGAUUUGGAGAAUUUAAUGUAUAGCAGUAGAAUGAUGUUUUCUGCUAAUUACAAUAUUAAGGAAAUAAAUAAUAAACUCGCUGCACUUUAUGGAAGGAAUUUUAAGGAAAUAGAUAUAAAGACAUCAUUUGAAACAUAUAUAUCAAAAAAAGUCUUUGAGCAUUCUACAUUUGAGGAUUAUUAUGCAAUUCUUGUUUGGCGACUGUAUGGCUACAGUAAUAUCAAAAAUCCAAUUAUUUCAAAGCUAGUGGAAAAAUCUUUAUACAAAUUAGCUAUUAGACAAGCGAGUCAAGAAUCUAGUGGAAUGUCAUCGAAAAUUUUGUUUCAUUUAGAAAUAAGAAAUCCAGUUACAAUAGAACAGAAUCUUUCACAAUUACAUGGAUUAAAUACAUGGGCUCACAGAAUACAUUUUUCAACAAGUGAAGAAGAAAUAUAUAAAGAAUUACUUGAAUUGGACUUUUACAAACAUAACGCAGGUGAAAAACAUGAAAUUUUCAUGUAUGAAGUUCACAUUGAUUCCUCAUAUUUAGCAGUCGAUUUAAAUGAUUUAUCCUUAUUGAAAAACAGAAAUGUGCUAAUUCCUGAAAUACCCUAUGUAAUCUUUACUGCGGAGAAAAAGAAAAUUAUUAGUUGUGAUGUUAAUUAUAUUGUAAUGCAUAACAGACCAAUUUCAAAGGAAACGGUAAUUUCUAAACUCAUGAAUAAAAUUAACAAAGACAAUGAAUAAUAUUUUGGAAUUUUGGGAAGUGGAUUUUUUUUUGCUGAUUAAGUUCUCGAGAAAUUGACCCAUAUAAUUUUAUUGAGAGUUGUUGUGUUUUAUUGUAAUAACUAAUUUUAUUUAUUUAUUAAUAAAUUUAUGAAGCCAUGUAUUAAUUAAAUAAAAGAUCUCAAAGUACUGUUUGGCCUAUUGGCUUUUGUAUAUAUAUAUAUAUAUAUA